AUGUGACUGGUCAUAUUCGGUGAAGGGGCGGGGCUCUCGUUAGCAGGAAGCAACGGCAGUAGGUGGAUAAGCAGUAGUCGCCUGGAGUGUGGGAAGCAGGUGAUGAGCUGGGCGACAGAAUUUGAUUACGCUUGCAGGUUUUAGGAGCACCAGGAACUGGAGCCCGCAGUGUGGCGCGGUGCCCAAGGAGACAUGGAGUGAGGGAAAUAAUCUUAUCUCCUCAAGUGCUAUCAUGGGGGCCAAGGAGUCUCGGAUCGGGUUUCUGACGUAUGAUGAAGCCGUGAAAAGAGUGACUGACGUUGAACUGAAGAGGCUGAAAGAUGCCUUCAAGAGAACUUGUGGAGGACCUUCCUACUACAUGAAUCAGCAAUGUUUUAUAAGGGAAGUCCUUGGGGAUGGGGUCCCCCCUAAGGUUGCAGAGGUCAUCUAUUGCUCAUUUGGUGGAACCUCCAAAGGGUUACAUUUCAACAACCUGAUAGUGGGACUUGUCCUUCUAACAAGAGGUCGAGAUGAAGAGAAGGCAAAAUACAUUUUUAGUCUCUUUUCAAAUGAAUCUGGCAGCUGUGUUGUACGAGAGGAAAUGGAGAGCAUGCUGUGCAUGGUGGAUGGAGAAGUUCCUCUGUCACUUAAGAAAUGUUUUGCUGAGGGUGAAAAGGUGAACUAUGACAAAUUUCGAAACUGGCUACUGCAGAAUAAGGAUGCAUUUACGUUUUCUCGAUGGUUGCUUUCUGGAGGAGUUUUCGUUACCCUCACAGAUGAUAGUGACACUCCCACUUUUUAUCAGACUUUAGCUGGAGUUACACACUUGGAAGAGUCUGACAUCAUCGAUCUGGAGAAAAGAUACUGGUUAUUGAAGGCACAGUCACGUACUGGACGGUUCGAUUUAGAAACAUUUGUCCCCUUGGUUUCACCUCCUAUUCAUCAGUCCUUGAGUGAAGGGUUAUUCAAUGCGUUUGAUGAAAACCGGGACAAUCACAUUGACUUCAAAGAAAUUUCGUGUGGGCUGUCUGCAUGUUGCAGGGGACCCCUAGCUGAGAGACAAAAAUUUUGUUUCAAGGUAUUUGACAUAGAUCGUGAUGGUAUUCUGUCUCGCACGGAGCUGGAAGAGAUGGUCCUUGCGCUUUUGGAGGUUUGGAAGGAUAACCGUAUUGAUGCCAUACCUGAAUUGCACUUAAAUCUGUCUAACAUCACAGACAAUAUACUGCAGUCCCAUGAUACAACAAAGAUUGGACAUCUGACACUGGAAGAUUAUCAGAUAUGGAGUGUUAAAAGUGCCCUUGCCAAUGAGUUUUUAAAUCUUCUUUUUCAGGUGUGUCAUAUAGUCUUGGGGUUAAAACCAGCCACUCCCGAGGAGGAAGGACAAAUUAUUAGAGGUUGGCUAGAAAGAGAAAGUCGGUAUGGACUACAGUUUGGUCACAACUGGUUUCUUAUCUCUAUGCAGUGGUGGCAGCAGUGGAAAGAAUAUGUCAGAUAUGAUUCUAAGCCAACUGUUGUACCAUGCUCUACAUUAAGUGGGGGAAGGAAUUUAUCAGGUACAACCUCACCGGAUCAAAAGGAAGAUGACAGGACUGGGUCGAACUUAAGUUUUACAGAUGAAAAAUCACCAGAUAACAUAUCAUCUGCUUCAGAAGCUUCAGAAUCAACUACAACCGGUUUCACUUAUUCGAGCAAUACAACCUCAGACAUGUGCUUUGCACGUCAGCAUAACACUUCAGAUAAUAAUAACCAGUGUAUGCUCAGUGCCAAUGGGAAUGCAUUAUUGCAGCUUAAUCCACAGAAACCUGGAGCUAUUGACAACCAGCCUCUAGUUACACAAGAAACUGUAAAGGUUCCUUCCUUAACACUUGAAGGGGGGCGACUAAAACAGAGUCCAUCUCUGCUCCGAGGUAAAGACUAUGAGAUUGUUCCAGAGCCUGUGUGGAGAGCCUUGUAUCACUGGUAUGGGGCAAACCUUUCCUUACCACGUCCAGUUAUCAAAAACUGCAAAACAGAUCUUCCAGAACUUGAGCUUUUCCCACGCUAUUUGCUUUUCUUGAGACAGCAGCCCGUAACUCGCCAACAACAGUCAAACAUCUGGGUGAAUAUGGGUAUGAUGAGCCUCAGAAUGUUUCCUCAGCAUUUACCCAGAGGUAAUGUUCCCUCGCCAAAUGCUCCACUGAAACGUGUGCUGGCAUACACUGGCUGUUUCAGCCGCAUGCAGACAAUAAAAGAAAUUCAUGAAUAUCUUUCUCAGCGGCUGCGCAUUAAGGAAGAAGAUAUGAGGUUGUGGUUGUAUAAUAGUGAGAAUUACCUCACUUUACUUGAUGAUGAAGACCACACAUUAGAGGGCCUGAAAAUACAAGAUGAGCAGCACUUGGUAAUAGAAGUCAGGAACAAAGACAUGAGCUGGCCUGAAGAGAUGUCAUUUAUUGCAAACAGCAGUAAAAUUGAUAGACAUAAAGUUCCAACAGAAAAAGGUGCCACGGGUCUGAGCAACUUAGGGAACACAUGCUUUAUGAAUUCAAGUAUCCAAUGUGUUAGCAACACACAGCCACUUACUAAAUAUUUUAUCUCAGGAAGGCAUUUGUAUGAGCUCAACAGAACAAAUCCUAUUGGAAUGAAAGGACACAUGGCAAAAUGUUACGGUGAUUUGGUACAAGAGCUGUGGAGUGGAACCCAGAAAAAUGUGGCACCUCUUAAAUUACGGUGGACAAUAGCAAAAUAUGCACCAAGGUUCAAUGGCUUUCAACAGCAGGAUUCUCAGGAGCUGCUAGCUUUUCUUUUAGAUGGUCUUCAUGAAGAUCUGAACCGAGUUCACGACAAACCUUACGUUGAACUCAAAGACAGUGAUGGUCGCCCAGACUGGGAAGUUGCUGCAGAGGCAUGGGAUAACCAUUUAAGGAGAAACAAAUCAAUAGUUGUGGAUUUGUUUCAUGGACAGCUGAGAUCCCAAGUGAAAUGUAAAACAUGUGGACACAUAAGUGUAAGAUUUGAUCCUUUCAACUUUCUUUCGCUCCCUCUUCCCAUGGACAGCUAUAUGCACUUGGAAAUUACAGUUAUUAAACUAGAUGGUACAACCCCUGUGCGAUAUGGACUCAGGCUGAACAUGGAUGAGAAAUACACAGGCUUGAAAAAACAGCUUAGUGACCUGUGUGGAUUAAAACCUGAGCAGAUUCUCCUUGCAGAGGUUCAUGGAUCCAACAUAAAGAAUUUUCCCCAGGAUAACCAAAAAGUUCGCCUUUCUGUAAGUGGUUUUCUGUGUGCUUUUGAGAUACCUAUUCCAGGAUCUCCAACAUCUGCCACAAGUCCCACACAGACAGAUCCCAACACAAUACUAUUAUCAAAUGGGCCGCACAGUCUAAUCUCAAAUGGAGGACUGAAUCGACCAACACUAAUUCCUAAUGGGCUGCCAAACACAGUAGUGCCAUGUGGAACAGAAAAAAAUCUGGUGAAUGGAGUUCUUAAUGGUCAUGUCUCUGUGCAUCCAGAAGGUCCCUUCAUAGGGUAUAUCAUUGCAAUCCACAGAAAGAUGAUGAGGACUGAGUUGUACUUUUUGUCAUUUCAAAAAAAUCGCCCCAGCCUUUUUGGAAUGCCCUUAAUUGUCCCAUGCACGGUGCACACAAGAAAAAAAGACUUGUACGAUGCCGUUUGGAUUCAGGUUUCCAGGCUUGCAAGUCCUCUUCCGCCACAGGAAGCAAGUAACCAUGCACAAGACUGUGAUGAUAGCAUGGGGUAUCAGUAUCCUUUCACUCUGCGAGUGGUUCAGAAAGAUGGUAAUUCAUGUGCUUCUUGCCCUUGGUACAGGUUCUGUAGAGGGUGUAAAAUUGAAUGUUCUGAGGAUCGGGCUUAUAUCGGCAAUGCAUACAUUGCUGUGGAUUGGGACCCCACUGCACUUCAUCUUCGCUACCAGACAUCGCAAGAACGGAUUGUUGAAGAGCAUGAGAGUGUUGAACAGAGUCGUCGAGCACAAGCUGAGCCUAUAAACCUCGAUAGCUGUCUCAGAGCUUUCACUAGUGAGGAGGAACUUGGAGAAGAUGAAAUGUAUUAUUGUUCCAAAUGUAAAACCCACUGUUUAGCCACCAAAAAACUUGACCUUUGGAGACUUCCACCGAUCUUGAUAAUCCACUUGAAAAGAUUCCAGUUUGUAAAUGGGCGCUGGAUAAAGUCUCAGAAAAUAGUAAAAUUUCCUCGAGAGAACUUUGAUCCGAGUGCCUUUUUGGUUCCUAAAGGACCAAUACAGUACCAGAAAAAGCAAAUGGUGCUUCAAAAUGAAGAUCAGUCAGACACACGUCUAACCCAGGUGGAAGGGAAGAAGGAGCUUGCAAACUCUGUCCUUCCCGGAGAUACAGAUGCAGCUUGCCGAAAUCAGCCUGCCCUCAACCCCUCAACGGGGAAUAAUAUCAAAGCUUCCCCCUCUCAAGGAAGAAAAGGGAAUAUCAACUGCACAAGCAAAAAUAAUAGCCCAAACCAUAGCCCCAGAACUCUAGGAAGGGGUAAAGGUCGUCUUCGUUUGCCUCAGAUCGGAGUCAAAAAACUUUCAAGUAGCAAAGAAAAUCUGGAUCAAAACAAAGAAAAUGGCACUGAUAAUGAAAUGAGAGAAGGUCCAGAUACUGUAGAUUCCAAUAAGGGGCUUUGUGGAAGUCAAGGGGAGGUUGCCACUGUUCAGGAUACAGAGGUGGUCUUGACCAAUGGGCUUAAUUAUGAACAAAACUCAUGCAGCAAUGGGCAGCUGGAAAACCACACAGGGGAAGAAGAGGACAGCACUGAUGACCAAAGAGAUGACAUUGGCUGUCAACCUAUUUACAACCUUUAUGCAAUUUCGUGCCAUUCAGGAAUAUUGGGUGGAGGUCAUUAUGUCACUUAUGCCAAAAAUCCAAAUGCGAAAUGGUACUGCUACAAUGACAGCAGCUGCAAGGAAUUGCACCCUGAUGAAAUUGACACAGACUCUGCGUACAUCCUUUUCUACGAACAGCAAGGGGUGGACUAUGCACAAUUUCUGCCAAAGAUAGAUGGGAAAAAGAUGGCAGACACUAGCAGCAUGGAUGAAGAUUUUGAAUCCGACUAUAAAAAAUAUUGCGUGCUGCAAUGAAGUGACUGCUCUUCCAGUACAGCAGUAGGAUACAAAGAGGAAGAACUAUUGGAAUUAAAGAUAACUGAAGAGUUUAUCGGUCAUUAAUUGACUGUAACAAUAGCACUGCAUGUUGACCGUGUCAAUAAUACAAACAUGUUUGAUGGAAUGCUAAAUUAUUUUAAAUGUUCCUCUGCUUUUUUUUCCUGGGAUUCGCUUUCUGUCAAAUAGAUUUUGUUUUUAAUUUAUUUUAAUACUACAGUUUCUUCUAUUAUUGCUGCCUCUUUCCAGCAGUCUGUCAUAUUGGCACAUUAUUACCAGUCUUGCUUUUUCUUAACUUUUUUUUUUUUUUUAAUUUUUCACUGUGCCAAGACUAGACCUUAAUACCAACUCACUGUUGGUAGUAUAACUGGAGCACUGAAUAGCUUCAGAUAUGUUUCCUUCACAAUUCCUGCAUGUUAUUCAUUGGCUUUAUGCACUUUAAAAAUGGCAUACAUGGUAUUGAAUGUAAUAAGUGCAUAAUAUAAAUAAACUGCUAAAGAGGCAGGAAAUAAGCCCAUUUGUUACAAUUUACCUGAUUCGCAUAAACAAACAGAGGGACAAUUAAAACAAUUUAAAAAAAGAUUAGUUUCCUAUUCUAGUUCCGUUUUGUUUAAUUUAUUUUAAUGCCUAAGCACAAAUUGAAAAAUAGUGAAGGGAAGAAGGAUUUUAUUGUGAAACUGCAUAAUGAAUGUUAUUGGAGCAUCUGAACCGCUAUGAGCUUUUUAGCCUUUACAAAAGCGAUGCUCGAAUGCUACCAAUCGCCAUGACCUUCACUGCUACCUGGAACUGUGCCAUGUCAUUGGCAUAUGGUAUAGAUUCCUAUCAGUGAUUGGAUUAAAUACUCUAUUAAAUGUUAAUCCACAGCAAGAAUAUUGCUUCUUAAUAUUAUACCAUCAAGGGGGGGAAAUAUGUAGUAAUGUAUUUAUUCUAUUGGUCUUCAGUGACCUUGCAUCUCAUUUUCUCUGACAUUUUAAGAGAUUUUAUUUAUUUUACCUAAUGGAAAUCAGUAUAUGAAUAUGCUUACAUAGAGCACACCGCAAGCCGGUUAAAAGGGAAAACUGAACACUCCCCAUCAAUUUGGAAUAGAACAUGAGCACAAUGAUGUUUAAGUCAGUUGAAAACUAAAAGCGAAUAUCCCACAUCAGAUUUGGAAUUGAAAUAGUUAUUAGUUUGUGCCCGGUUUUCUUUUUUAGCUGCCAUAAUAGGACAUUGGUAUAUUACUCCGUAUGCUGGCAGUGCCCACUUACAGAAGCGCAGUUUCAUACUGUAUGCUACUUCAUGUAUUUGAUAUAAUAUAGACCUCCACUUGGAAACUUCUCACUCCAUACACGGCAUGCUGCUAGGUCUUCUUAUCCUUUGUCAUGGCCUUCAUAGGCACUUUACCAUUCAGCGGAGGCCAAGUUACUCAGUGUCGAUUCCUAAUGACUUGAGUCUGAAUACCGUGUUAGAAGGGAUUAGACCACUUCUCUUGCACUGAGCUCUUAAGGCCCAGGAAGGUUCCUGACAUGGGUGCUAUGACCAAAUCCCAACACAAAGGAGGUUGAUGUGGUACUGUAUGUUCUGAAAUGAAGUCUGUAAGUGAGGAUUAAGGCCACACUGCACCAUACAAUUUUACAAGUCUGUUUAGAGGUUAUAGUUCUUCUUUCAAAUGGCCAGUUAUGUUUCCUCAGGAAUGCUGUGUUAUUCAUAUAUGAUCAAAGUAGAUUUUAAUUACUUUAACAGGUUAUGAAAGUAUAACUGUAUCUAUUUCCAGGCUCUCCUGUACUUAACAAAUAUGGGUUUUAUUCUGGUGUAUGGUAGGCCAACAUGAGAAACGUUUCUACUUAAUGAGUUUAUUGAGAGAUUAUUAUUGCAUUGCUAGAAACCCUUCUUUAAACAAAUUUGUAUUGUAUUGUUUUUUGCAGCUACUUUGGAAAUACAGGUAUAGGAUAUGUUACCCGGAAUGCUUGGCACCUGAGGUUUUCCAUCAUUUUCAGCACCGUUCUGCAUGCUACUAAAAUGUAUAUGAUCUGAAAAAUCCCAGGAUUGUUAUGUCAAUAUGAAUUGACAAGAUUACUAUCUAAAUAAUACAGGUUAAAAGUGAAUCUGUAAAGUAUGAAGAAUAGCUUGUUUAAAUGUUUGCACUUUCUUGAAAACAGGUUUCCAGAUACUAGAUCCCGUACCUGUACCAAACCGGCUUGCAUAUCUAAAUUGAAACUACCCAAAAGGAGUUAAGUGUCUGUUAGUAACCUACUCUACUAUCCUAUAUCUCUGGGUCAAAAAUCUGCCUCAACGUGUAACUAUAGACAACCAUUUGGCGCUGAGUUUGUCUAACAUUGUGUCUAGCCACCUUUAGGCCAGUGUCACAAGAGGCACAGCUUUGGCAUCUCUCCGCCUGUGUUUUCUUUGCAGAUAGGGAGAAGCUGAUGUGCUCCAUUCCACCCUGCUGCCUGUGUGCAGAUGCAUGGAGUGGAUCUCGGUGGCAAAAUACAUUGUUUUGCUUCUCACCAUUAUUGACCCUUCUUUCCAACUGCAGAGAAAACACAGGCAUGGAGAAGCCGAGACACAUGUGCCAUUAGCGUCACUGAUGUCUCGUGUGACAUUAGUCUUACCGAUGUAUUUACUUUGCUGUGCAUUGUUGAGAUUUGCCACUCUUGUCUCUGUAUAGCUUUGCCAGUCCUGCUUGGACUUGUCCUUCUAUUAACCAAAAGUAAGGUCAGCAUAUUGUGAAAAAUGCUUUCCUAUUUAUGGCCCUCUUGAUGCAACCUAAUAUAGCCUUUUUUUUUUUUUUUUUUUUUUUUUUUUUAUCUUGUUUGCACUGAUAAUGUACCUUAUUAUAUAUAGCCAGGUCAGUCUAACCCAUGACAACCAAAAAUACCAGUGCAUUCUUUUUUGUAUUGUAUUGCAAUACCUUUUUUUUAAUUUUUUGGAGCAAUAAGCACAAUAUUUGAAUUCUAAAAUUCACUCUGCAUAUGCUCGACUUGCUUCUCUGUGCUGGAAUUUAAGCACAAUUGCCAUACAUGUAGUUACUCUUCGUAACGCAAACCAGUAGGUAAUCUAUGUGGCAUCUACCUACCUGCCGUGUUCCUCUGUAGCAUUCAUUCUGCCACAUCUGCUAAUGGGAAAUAUUUGUGACAAAGCGGAAAUGGCUAACGCUCAUGAUGUGUUUCUUUGUGUUUUUUUUAAUGCCCCUGUGUUUGCACAGAGUUGUUACAAACUCCAAGUGACUCUCCUUUACCUCUCCAGUAACAUUGUGACCCUGGGAUCUGCAACCCGAGGCUCUCCAGCUGCUAUUGACUACAGUUUCCAGCAGCCAACCAUGGAAAGCACCGACUGCAGAUUUGUGGUCUUCCCAUAUUUUGCACUGUACUGAACAAUCUUCUGUUAUACUACUAAUCUCCAUUAUAAAGUACUUGUUCUGUUUACAAAUAGCAUACCUAAUAUUUCUGUACCCAAAAUAUUUGUCUUUAAAGUAUACCACAGUCCUGUGCCAGAGUACUCAUCUUGUACUAAGUUACAUUAUCUUGUCCCUGAAUUAUAUGACUACUACUCAUGAUUUAAAAUGUCAUUCUUUAGACAAAAGCAGUAUAUAUUUUAUUUUAGAGUACUUAAGGCCAUACAUGGUUUGUUUUCUAUCUAAUGUACCAACACCACACAAUAUUUCAUUUUUAAAAGAGAUAGUUCACCUUUAAGUUAACUUUUAAUAAGGUAUAGAAUGGUCUGUUCUUAAUAUCUUUUCAAUGUGUCUUUAUUAUUAAUUUAUUUUAUAACAUUUUAAUUACUUGCCUUCCUGGGGGUCACUGACCCCCAGCAGCCAGAAAUCUGUGGCUCUGGUAGGAUGUAAUUGUUUUGUUAUUGUUACUUUUUUGAUUUAUCUUUCAAUGGGCCCUCGCCCAUUCUCUCAUUCAAACCACUGCCUGUUUGCUUGGGUAAUAUGGACCCUAAUAACAAGCUACUGGAAUUCUAAACUGGAAACUGGUAAAUCAUUUAAAAAAUGUCAUCAAAAUGAAGACCAUUUGCACAUUUUCCCAGAAUAUCACUGUCUAGCAGACUCAAAACCUACCAGACUUGCCAAGCUGUUUCUGUUUUUAUACAUGAACUUAAUCUGUCUAUUGGUGAAGGAGUGGGGCGACACAAGUGUGUGUAUAAAUAGAAAUGGGAGCAUACCAAUGUCGGGAGUGUUGUGACCAAGGCCAACCUGCCAAAUAUUGUGCGUUGGGCAGCCCGGCCCAGUGGUUUUGGUCCUAGCCACACAAAGUUAAUUUAAAAGUGAACUGUCAAUUUACACAAUUUUCUUAUUUUAUAGUUAGAGUUUGAUGGAGAGCAAAGUAGAGUGAUGCACCCCCAUCUAGCCUUAACCAACUGGCUCCCUAGCUAAACUAAUAUAUGAGUAUAAUGCUUUCAACUUAUAAUGACCUGCCAAGGAGAAUUAGAAUUGUCAUUUUUCUAAAGGUUUAUUUGCAGGUUAAGCAGUAACAAUAGAAAGAGUACCUGUUUCUCACUCAUUACAGGUUUUGUUUCCCCAGUACAUGUUUUACAGUGUUAUCACUGAUCAAUAUUAAAUGGUAUCAGGGAUUUUGACAAAACUAACUUGCUAGUGUCUUUAAUAUUUUUCCCUCUGAAUUUUCUAAAAUGAAAUUAAAAAAAAAAAAAGUGGGACAGAAAUCUAGAUAUUUCUUACCGUGCUUCAAUUCCUUAUGAACAAACUCUAUUGGAAAAAUGGCCAUUAUCAAGUGAAUCAUUUUAUUUAAGUUGGUAGUACAUUUAUAUUUUUUAAUUCUAUAUGUCUCUUAUAUUUGGUUGUAAUUAUUAUUUUUUUAAAUUAUAUGACCUGAUAAAUUAGCAGGACGUUUAUUAAAUUAACAGUUAACUGUUCACUUUGUAAAUUCUUGUAUAAAAUAUAUUGACAAUGCACUGACUUUAGAAAGAUUUUUAUGUACAUACAUGCUCUGUAAAUAAAAUAGUGUUGAUGUUAUUGAAAUAUGAUAUGUAAAAAAAAACAAAGUAUUGGUAAUUGUACAUGGAGUGACCCUGUUUAUCUGUAACUAUUAUUCCAAAUGAUUAAAAGCUGUGGAUGCAGAUGUUA